UUUGAUUCAAACAUUCGAAAAUACAGAAUCGUUAAUCCGCGAAUCAAUUCAAUAUAAAUUCUAGAAAUGUAUGAUUUACUGAAGGGCGAAGAGUAACUAACCAAAUUAAGAGAUAAAUCAUUGAUUGGCGUGUUUGUGAAUAAUAUUGGAACGCUAAGAAAUUUUCGAGGAAGGCAGAGUGACUCAUCGAUGAGCAAGGACUGGUAUUAUCUUUGAGUGUGAAAUUUUCGAAACAUUCCCCAAAUUUUCGAAGAAAAUGUAUUAACAGAAAAAGUUCUUCGAUAUAUCUUUCCUGCUUUUAAUGGACAAAGUUGUGAUUAAAUUCGAUAUAGUGGAAGUGACUCGAAGUACACAUUCGAUUCCAUAUGCUCCCUCGAACAGACACGCGACUCAUGGUAGUGAAAAUGCCAGGUGAUGCAAUGAUAAAGUUCGAGUGUCGCAUGAUCGAUGAGAAGACUAACGACAGGUGAUUAUGCAGUUUGCAGAUUACCACCAUUCAAGUUACUGCGACAGAAGUUUCGAAUGGCAAAGCGGCUCGCGGUUCGUCGUAACACAGCGAUACAUCGUAAAAGCAUCUACGCGGAACUCUCUACGCGGAGACGACUAAACCGACCCGAUUCUUCCCACGAAACACGAUCGAGAAUAAUAUAGAACAAAAUAAAUCGGGCAUAAGAUCGACGUUAUGAUAUCCGAAUACACUUUAAUAUCAAAGACGAGAGGUCAACUUGUCAAGUCGACAUUUGAUAACAAAGUUAAUAAAUUCAAAGAGCACGAAGAUUCAAUCAGAAUUGAAGAAGCAAAAGGAAAGGCUAGACAAACUGAGAACACAGAGCUUGCGAGAAUAAAGAUGGUAACGUGAAGUGACGAGGUUGAAGGGUAAUGCAAAAUCAGGAAGUGAUAAAAAUUGCUGAACGAUGGAAAUAAGUUCAAUAAUGACAACGACGGCCGCUUCUCGUUAUUACGAUGGUAAAUUUAUGCAAAACUUCAGCAACUACAACAAUGAAGGACCGUUCGAAUGUGGACAGGAGGUCAAUACCAACGGCCUAGCUGACUUCAUUAUUUAUGGUAUAUUCGUCAACCUGAUUGGUCUUUUCGGAAUCUUCGGCAACACGAUCUCAAUGAUCAUCUUGUCGCGGCCGCAGAUGAAAUCUUCUAUCAAUUAUCUACUGAUUGGAUUGGCUAGAUGUGACACAGUACUGAUCAUCAUUGCGGUAUUAAUCUACGGAUUACCAGCAAUCUACACGUAUACGGGCGCGCUAUUCGACUACAAGUUUAUCAUCUAUCCGAAAACCAUCAGAUACCUGUAUCCGUUGGCUUGCAUAGCGCAAUUUGUGACAGUGUAUCUGACGUUAACGGUGACUUUAGAGAGAUACAUCGCGGUCUGCCAUCCAUUGAAAGCUAGAUCCUUUUGCACUUAUGGACGGGCCCAAGUGGCAGUGCUGAUCAUAGUGAUCAUCGCUUUUAUUUACAAUCUACCCAAAUUCUGGGAAAUUGAGGUAUACAACGAGAAGCAUUGGAAGUAUAAUAUCACGGUGUACUGCGUUGAUCCAACCGAAUUGAGGAGCAACGAAUAUUAUGUCAUUCUAUACAUUCAUUGGAUGUAUUUUUUUGUGUAUUACAUGUUCCCGUUCAUCGCAUUGGUGAUUUUUAAUACGGCCAUUUAUCGAAGGGCGUAUGCCGGUUUUCAGGUCAGAAAAGCAAAUAGAGACCUGCAGCAGCUGUCGCGUCAUCAGCGCCGAGAGAUCGGCCUGGCGACGAUGUUGAUGUGCGUGGUAAUCGUGUUCCUGAUCUGCAACAUCCUGCCUAUGAUCUCAAAUGUGCAUGAGACAUUCAUCGCAGAUCCGCCGCAGUGGAUGGUGCAAAUCGGCAAUCUGUUGGUGACUAUCAACAGCAGCAUCAACUUCAUCAUUUACGUGAUCUUCGGUCGGAAGUUCAAGAGAAUAUUCCUCAAGCUCUUCUGCUCGUCCAGGCUGUUUGUGCCAGGCCGGGACAGUCCGGAGUUUCAGACUUACGACGAAUCGGUCGUCACGACGAAUAUCGAGCUAAGAAAUUCAGUCAGGCACGGCCACCUCCACCGUGCCAACACCAUCAGCUGGAACAACAACAUCCACGUGUCCAACGGCAGCACCAGACAGAGCCUGAAGAGCAAUAGACCAGCCAGCCCCGGUUCUUGCGUUUAUUAUCCGGGCAAGAAUUCAGUGAGAAACUCUAGCUCUAGUCAAAUGUCGAGAACGUCAAAUGGUCGCAACAGUUGGACCAAAGAGGAGAACUGCGAUUCUACAUUAUAAUGGACAGCAAUAGCUAUCCUUCGCGUUUAUUACACAAUUGGAAUUUGCCGAGUGUUUUUAAUCAAUGUUAAGAACUUUCACUCAUUAAAAGUGAAAAGAGUAGAAUGUGAUAAUUCCAAUGCCAAUGGACAACAAAAUGUCAGUCUUUUUAUAUUUGUUAUCUUGCCAGAAAUCAACUGUGUCUCAAUUGUUUGCCGAAAUUUUUAGUUAGAACUGAUAGAACAAGAAGAAUGACAUCUUUACGCUGUAAUCUAUGACUAUUAUAUAAUCACUCGCUACAUUUUCUGAUAUAUUAUUUGAUAAGUGAUACAAAAUGUUAUUAAA